UCAAAUUUCGGCAUAUUUCAUUUAUGAAACUUCUUACAUGGCUCCUAUUUAAGUGCUCAUCAAAUUACUUCAAGAAUAUAUGCAUUCAAGUUUUUGUUCUGAGUACGAGAGAGGAAAAUGUCUUCGAGCGCGAGUGCUUCUUCUUCAAAGAGUAAGAAAAGAGUUGGACCUGAUAAUGACUUCAAAGUUGGGAAACAACUCCAAGUACUCAUAGUUGAUGAUGAUGACGUGUCUCAAACAACCUACAUUUUGUUUCUUCAGAAGUGUGGAGUGGAAACUUUGGGAGUGAGAAAUGGAAACGUAGCUGUUACUAUUCAUGAUAUUACAGAAAUGCGUUUCGAUUUAAUCCUAAUGAAUUCUGUACUGCCGCUUAUGGAUGGUAUCCCGGCAACAAAAAAGCUUCGAGAAAUGGGAAUUACAACUAUGAUUGUUGGAAUGACUAAUGUGAAUGACAAGGAAGAAGUUCGCAAAGAAUUUAUGGAAGCUGGUGUUGAUGAUUGCUAUGAGAAGCCAUUAACCCCUGAAAUACUUCGCAGCCUUCUUGAGAAACUUUCCAACAAAGCUUAAGAUCAAGUCAAAUAAUUAUAUUAAGUCAUCUCUUAUCAGACUAAAAUUAUGUGUGGUUCUUUAGUCAAUUAUCUUAUUAUGAAUUAUAUGUAGUGAUGAAGUACUUUCAAAAUGGUACGUAUCAAAGAUGUAGCAGACAUAUGAUUAUGGUGCUAUUUCCUUAUGCUAUGAACUAUAAUAUUUUACUUUUAAAAUGUUGAGUAGUAGUUUUAAAAUUUCAAUAAGGUACGACACCACUUAUUUUUUA